AUGUUAAGACAGGCUCUUCAUACUUUCAAGAGACUCUCUCGUCGGAAAGAGAUUGUUAUCAUAACUACAGUGCUGCUUUUCAUUGUUUUGAUUACAAGUUAUAUUUCAUUUGAUAAAGAAUUAGCAACUUCUAUAAAAGAAAAAUUACCAGAACAUAUAGAUAAAUUAAAAGAAAAUUUACCUGAAAUACCAGAUUUACCAGAUUUACCUGAAUUACCUGAUUGGCCUGAAGUUUCUAUACCCAAAUUCUUGGGUGGUACUGAAGAUUUUAAAAAUCCUCAAGAUUUUUACAAGACUGUUUUCAAAAUUAUAAAUGAAUCAAAUCCUAAUGUUCCAAAAUUAGAUAAAUUUAAAUCAGAUGAAAGAUUACCAAAUAUAAGAUUUGAUGAAGAAACUGAUAUUGAAUAUACCAAAGAAUACUUAUCAAAAUUUUUAGAUAUAUCAGAAGAACAAAUCAAUAAAUUAAAAGGCAGUCAUUCCCAAGUUAUUUCAAAAUUUCCUUCAAACAUACCAAAAGAUUUUUAUGGUAAACAACAAAAUGGUAUAAUUUAUGUUGGUGGUGGUAAAUUUAAUUGGCUAGCAAUGUUAUCCCUGAAAACCCUAAGAAAUUUAGGUUCAAGAUUACCAGUGGAAAUUCUUAUACCAACUUUAGAAGAUUAUGAACCAAAUUUAUGUGAACAUGAAUUCCCCAAAUUAAAUGCUAAAUGUCUUGUAUUACCAGAUAUUUUAGGUCAAGAAGUUAAUUCAAUGAUUAAAAUCCAAGGAUAUCAAUAUAAAUCAUUAGCAAUCUUAGUAUCUUCAUUCCAAAAUGUCUUAUUAUUAGAUGCUGAUAACAUACCAGUUUCAAUACCAGAUCAAAUAUUCCAUUCAAACCCCUUCCAAGAAUCUGGAUUAAUAAUAUGGCCAGAUUUUUGGAGAAGAACAACAUCACCAGAUUAUUAUACCAUAGCAAAUAUAAAUAUAACUUCCAAGAGAAUUAAAACAGGUGUUACAGAAUCAGAAAAAUCUCAAACUGGGAUCCCAUUACAUCAUUUAGAAAAUAGCAUACCAGAUCCAACAUCAGAAUCUGGUCAAUUAAUUAUAAACAAAACACAACAUUUCCAAACAAUGUUAUUAUCAUUAUAUUAUAACGUUUAUGGUCCAGAUUAUUAUUAUCCUUUAUUUUCUCAGGGGGCAAUGGGUGAAGGUGAUAAAGAAACUUUCCUUGCCGCAGCAGUGGCACUUGAUGAACCUUUGUAUCAAAUGAAUCAAUCUCUUGUGGCAUUAGGGAGAUUUGAUUCAAAGGGUGAUUUCCAUGGUUGUUCAAUGGGUCAAUUUGAUCCAAUACAAGAUUAUAAUAAGAACAAGGGGAAUGAUGAUACAGAUCCAAGGAUUUUAUUUAUUCAUGCAAAUUUCCCUAAGUUGGAUCCUGUUUUAAUUCAAGAAGAAAAAAAAUUAUUUGAUGGUGAUGAAAGGAUUAGAAUUUUUGGUCCUGGUUUAACCGAUAGGAUUGGUUAUGAUUUUGAAUUUACUCAAUGGUUAAAUAUGAAAAUUUUAUUAUGUGAACAAAAUUUAGAAUUUAAAUUGUUUGAAGGUAAGAAUAGACAUGAGAUAUGUAGAGAAUUAGAUGUUCAUUUAGAAUUUUUAGAUAAAACUAUUGAUCAAACUACAAAUGGAAGAACUUUACCAAAGGUAUGA